AUGAAUCCAUCCUCCACAUUACAACAACAACAACAACAACAACCAUCUUCUUGUUCCAUCUUUUCCAUCUUUUGUUUUAUACUUGGAUUACUUUGGCAAUAUUCUGGAGCUUAUUUCGUUCGACGACGAUAUGCUUUAUUAUCUAGUGCAUUAGUACCUACCAUACUUGGAUCAAUGUAUCAAUUAGCAAGUCCUUCAUCCUCUUUUAUCUACCAUUGGCAAAUAAUGGAUUGGUUCUUCAUGAUGUUGACAGUAGUGACAAGUUCUUGUUUCUUGGAUAAUGCAGAUGCCAUUCUCAAUACCUAUCCUCAAUUGGCUGUACCUAACAAUGAUCCUGUCAAGAUGUCGUCUCUACAAUCACCUACCACAUUUGUUUAUUGGAAAUCCAUGUUUCAUAUUAUCAAUGACAUUCUCUCUAAUCAACAUGAGCUUUGCCCCGAUCCUGUCAUGGACUUGAUGCAGGUGAUUAAAGGGUUGGGCCCUGCCUCUCGGUCCUGGAAAACAAUGGCCGCCUUGUUCCCGACUAAUCUACGUCAAGAUCUGUGUAUCCUUUAUGGUUUCUUCCGUGCUUGUGAUGACCUAGUGGAUGAUCCUCCUACGUUAGAACAACGACAUCAUAACUUGCAAUUGAUCAGGGCCUUCCUUCGUCUGUUAUUAAAUCCUCCUCAAAACCAAAAAAUGGAAAAUGACAUGAUGACGCCUGCUCAAAUGCUCGAUAUCAACAAAUCCAUUGACAUCACUCUAUUACAACAUCAUCAAAUCGAUUGGAAUUCUCUUUGGCAUCGUUUGGAUCAGAAUAUCAUGGCUUUUGCCUCUUUUCGUAGUUUGGGUCGCAUUGCCUCUUAUCUUUGUCCCAAGGCUGCUGACGAUUUAUGCGUUGCUUGGAAAAUGGAUUUGGUCGGGAAACCUAUCAAGACUCAACAAGAAUUACUUCAUUAUGCUGCUUUGAUCUCGGGCAAAUUUGGUGAACUAUGUACUUGUGUCAUUAUGUAUAAAACUGGUCGUGGGAAUUGGAAUGGCAAAGAUCUGAUAGCAAGAAAUAAUCAAGUCUUAGCACGUGCAACUGCUACCGGUCAGUGUCUUCAAUUAGUCAAUAUCGCUCGUGAUAUUUUAAGAGAUUCAUUGGAUAAUCGUUGUUAUGUACCUUUGAGUUUUAUGCCAAACAAGACUACCUAUGAUCUACUCAAGAUGAGAAAGGCAGAUCGUGUGGGUAAUGAUAUUGUCAAAUCAUAUGCCGUACGCAUCUUGGAUUUAGCAGAUCGUGUGUCUGACAAGGCCCAACUAGGUAUUGAUGGUCUUCCUGAAGAAGUCCAAGAUGGCAUUCGUGCUGCUUUUGAAAUCUAUAUGGCCAUUGGUCCCAUCAUACGUCAAGAUCUGGUCUUCCCCCUUCGUGCCAAAGUUCCCACGUGGAGAAAACAAUGGAUUGCUUUCCGUUGUAUUUAUGGUUUCAAGCUUUCCUUGCUUCGUUCUCUCAAAGCUACUUGGUCUCGUACUGUGUCUUCUACAAAGACGCAAUGA